UCUCCGGUGCACACAUGCGUGUGAAAAUUAUCAAGUUAUAAUUCGGGUUGCCACGAUCUAACUUUCCCCGAGAGGAGGGUUGGUAACACACCACUGCUGCACCACCGCCACCUAGCUGCAGAGACGCGCCUCCGGAGAGACCUCUCCGCCGCUGUGUGAUUAUGAAAACACCCGCGCGAAUGUUGUGGCACAGUAGACACUGAGACGAGAGCUGAUGAGAUUGAAAGUCGCUAAGGAGGCGUAGCGGUCAUAGUUAUAUAAUCAAAGCAACACCUAUUGCACCACGAUCGUUGAAUUAUCGGUGGUAGGGCGCAGCGGGGAACCAGCAGCGCGCCGAGCCCCGGACUGAACGCGGUUAGUUGUGGGACGCGCUCUCGGAUCAGUGAUGGGCUGCUCCGGUGCGGUACCACCCCCUGAUGUACUCUUAUCUACAGUAUCUUCACCCCUCAGCAGCCUACGCAGCUGGUACACCAUCCCAACCACCUCAGCCGUAUUUUGAGUCUUAAGUGCUGCAUUGAAGCCGUUACACUGGGAACCCCACCGCACCCGGCCCCUCCCCCCUGACUUCUCUGAUGGACCAGAGAGCGAAGGGGGGGACCCCUCCGACGGCCAGCACCGCCAAACCCUCCACACCCCCCGCGCCCCGCGGCCCCUCCAGCGAGGAGCCCCGGAGGGAUCGGGCAAGGGACAAGAAGAGGAGCAGAGACAAGGAGGUGGUGGAGAAUGGGGAGGAGGAGGGUAAAGAGAUGGAGGAUGAGAGGCGAGGAGCUGGGAGAGGUGGUCCGGGAGGGGACAAGGGGACGGUGCUGGAGCUGCUGAUCGAGGGCCGCUGCGGAGACGCAGGCCCGCGGCCCCUCCUCUACCCGGGCCCCGCCGACGGCCCAGAGGGAAACGUGCGGUUGCGCAUCGGACUCCAAGCCAAGAGGACCAAGAAGCCCCCCAAGAUGCUGGAAAGCUACGUCUGCAAGCCCACCUUCAGGACCUACCAGAGGCAGGGCCGGGCCGAGGCGGCGCGGGCCGGGGCCGGGGGCGGGGAGGGAGAGGUGGGUCAGCAGGGCGUCACGAGCCCCGCGCUGGGGGAGGCCGCCAGGGAGCAGGGCUCCGCGCUGGACGCUGUCCAGCCCCACACCAAACAAACUGCAUCAGCUGCACCCUCUCCACCUUCAUCAUCCUCGCGGUCGCAGCGACCACCAUUAUCGGCCACUGCUCCGCCUGUCUCGGCUCCUGCCAGCCCGGGGGCCCGCACCGGCCGUGAGGUUUCUAUCAAACCAUCCGCGAAGACAGAGGCAAAUGCGAACAGCUCCCCUGGAAAGCCACUGAGAGAUAAGCCUCCCAGUAUCAGUGCUCAGUCUGGAGGCACUGCAGGACACAAAAUGUGCUCUUUGAAAACAGACCAGUCGAUUUCCCCCACCACCCACUCCCUCACCGCCCUGUCCACCCCGGCCACCUCCGCAGGGGAACCCAGAAACGAGGGAGAGACCCACAGCAAGCAUGACGGUUUGGAGAGGCUGAAGAGAGUGGCCAAUGGGAAAGGCAAGCUGGAAGGUUGCGUUAAUGCCCGGACCUCAAAGGUCAAAUUUGGAAGCAUCAGCAGAUUGUCAACUUCUACCAAUGAUACAGAGCCCGCAGCGAGACCGCCGGCCGUCUCCCGCAGCUCACACAAAGAGCCCUGCCGCUUCCAGAAGAACAGGGCGGAUGCUGUCUGCCCGCCUUCGGUCGACCCUAAACCACGGUCCACCGCCUCCCCACCCACACAGCUCUUCUCUUGCAGCUCCGACGCAACCCAGGGGCCUCCUCUUCUAGAUAAGAGGAAGGAGAAGAAAGCCAGGAGAGGGAACAGGAAGGAGAAGAAAAAGAGAGACAGAGGUCAGGCAGAUGGAGCCAAGAGUGAAGGAGGGAGGUGGGAGGAGGGCAAGAAGAAGAAAAGGCAGAAGGUGAAGGACAGGAAGUCGAGACACGGGAAGGGGAAGGAGGAACAGGGAAGGAACCAAGGUACAAAGAGAGAGGGAGCAGAAAACACAGAAAGAGGGAAGAUUGAGCGAAAGAGGGAUAAACUUAGCCCGGAAAGCCAUAGGGGAAAAGACAAGAGGGAUGAGCCAUGUGAAAUAGAUGAUGUUGCUAAGCAAGAUAGGGUCCGUAAAUUAGCCAUCCCAGGUGAGAGGGAGAAGGUAGAGGAAACGACCAACAAGACAGUGAGAGAAGCAGAGUCAGCUGCUGUGGAUGACAACACUAAAUCUAAAGAACAGUACGUCCCCUUGAGACAUCAUACUGUAUCUCCUAGCCACCACUCUCCUCCUCUCGCUCCUGCUCUCUCUCAUUCUCCUCCUGCUGCCUGCUCACUCACGUCAGCCUCCACCGCUCCCCAGGAGCAGGACAGCCGACCGCUGAAGAAGCGUAAAGCCAGGCGCCCCAGUUGGACCAAGCUAGUGCACAGGGUUCAGAGAGCAGAGAACCAGGAACCCCCCGUGGAUUCCUCCAACAACCCCUAUUUAAGCUUGCCAGAGAAGAUCAAGAGCUGCCCGUCUACAAUGUCCCCAGACCGAGCUACGGAUCUGGCCCACCUGACCUCCUCCUCUUCCUCCUCCGUCUCCCUUCCAACAUCAUCUCCUCAGCGCGCGACAUGCAGACCUUCCUCGCCUGCACAUAGUGGGAGUCAGCUCCACUCUCCGGGUUAUGCCAUGACCCCCGCGCGGAAGAGAGGCCGGCCCAGGUCUCACACUGAGCUCACGCCGAGAUCCUCCCCAAAAGCAGCUACCGAAGACGCUCCUCGUCCGGGCUGUGAAGGAGCACCCAAAGCCCCUUCGCCGGUAACCUUCCCCUCUCACCGAGGUGUGGCCCCGCCUCACGCCACGCCCAGGAAGAGAGGGCGCCCUCCGAAGCGACCCCUGCCCGAAGACCCCUACGGAGAGCUACCCAGCUCCUCGGAGGGCAAGGGGAGGUACAAGGCCUUCACCGCCGAGCGAGGCAUCAGACAGCUGAAGAUACGCAAGCUCAUCAGUGAGAUAAAGAAGAAGAGGAAAAGGCUCUACCCAGGGAUGCGCUCCGAGUACGGGCGGAGGCGAGGGGCGAGGGGGGAGGUGGAGUGCGAGGGUGCUGCGGUGGCGUGUCGGCCACAGGAAGCCACGGGGAACACGCUCUCAGCCCUAUCCCCUCUGGGGGAGAAGUGGGGCGCCCAGAUCAAUGUCAGUAAGAGGGGGACCAUCUACAUGGGCAAGAGGAGAGGACGCAAGCCUAAAGCUCCAGCAGGGACCCUCCCCUCACCCUUUAAUGCCCAGAGGUCCCCCCAGCCGCCUCUGUUCACCGGCCUCUCGGAGAGCUCUCUCUUCACCUCCCACCAGCUCCAGCCCCCGGCCACGCACCCCUUCCCCUCCCCCUCCCUCACCCACUCCAGCGGGGCGCAGAGCCCCUACAGCGAGGGCAGCUUCACGGACCCCGCGUCCUCCUCCCUGGUGUUCCCACACCCCUUCUCCCUCCCCUCCCCUGCCUCCUCCUGCACCUCCCCGCACCCCCCUCCUCCCACCUCCUCCCUCUCCCCCUUUGUGAAGAGGAGCUGUCCUUGUCAGGGGAGGCUGCACUUCCCCUUCCACCAGUCGUCCUGUAAGCUCUCGGCGCUCGCCCCAACCCUGCACCACUCACCCGCCUCCCCCGCUCACCUGAAGGAGGCCAUUCCCUCCCCGAGGAGCGAGUCGCACAGCGAGGAGACGCUGCCUAGCGACAGCGGCAUCGGCACGGACAACAACAGUGUGUCUGAGCGGGGAGGGGAGAUGAGGGGGGGCCGCGGCGUGUUCCGGACGGGCCUGAUCCUGGGGGCACAGAGGUACCCCUCCGCCUUGGCCAAACACCCAUCUCCGGUCGCUCCUCACCUGGUUUCCAUCCACAGACACACCCAUCCCAUGGCCAGCCCCGGGGCCGCGGAGAGGCAGAGAGAGCGGCAUCGACACAGGAGGAGGGACUUUGACUGCGUGUCCCCCUGCAGCUGCAUGUGUUCCUGCCCCUGCCAGGGCGCCAACAAGUGCUCUCAUGUGGACAGCUACCCUUGCCUCGGUCACAACGCCGUGAAGAAACAGAAGAGUAAACACAAGAAGAAGCACCUUCAGCUGCACAUGCACAACCCCGAGUUCCUGGCCGAGCUGGAGGAUGUGAUUGGCCAGUUGGGGGAGGUCCACAUCGGACGGCGCGGCUGGGUGCGGGCGGGGCUGGGGCCGGGCGCGGACGGAGGCGUGAAGGUCGAUGGGGGCAGGCGCCAUCACCCCUCGUCCUCGCACCCCCUGCGCUCCAACAUCUUCCGGAUCAAUCUGAACGGCUUCUACUCCCCCCACCCGUCUGCUUAUUCGGCAAAUCCCCCGUACAGCCCCCAGCCCUUCUACCCGUGCCAGCCCCUGCACUGUGGCCGGAAGCCAGACCGCAGACAGUGUGGCUGCCCUUCAAAGUUCCAAGAGCCCAUCGACGACAUGGGGUUCUACAGGGGGUACCCCCCCACCGUGCCCAUCUAUCCCCACCUCCACAGCUCCUACCCUCUGCCCCCGCCCCACCAGUACGUCUCCCACCAGCCCCACCACCCGCACUUCCUCCUCAACCCCGCCCGCUUCCACCGGAGAAUGGGCCGGGCGCUGAGGGACGGGGGGCUGGGGGUGGAGGGCGAGGGGGACCCGGGGAGGCUCGGCGGCGGCGGCGGAGGGGGAGGGCCGCGCGCCGGCGCAGGGUUCACCUCCGCCCUCGGCUGUGGCUGUUCCAGGUCUGAACGCAAACACAAACGCAAACACCGCCACCAGCACUGCGACCUCAGCGAGGAGGAGGAGGAAGCGGAGGAGGAGGAGGAGGAGGAGGAGAAGGGGGGGGUGCGGGGAGCCCCAGGGCGGACAGGUCACAAGCCCCCGCCGCGGGGGUACGUCUCGCUGCCGGCCGACGGGGGUAGGAAAGCCGCCAGGGACUCGCCGUGGCUGUGCAAGACCGUCAGGGAGUCCUCCUCCUUCGCUGCGCCCAGCGCGUCUUCCCUUCCGAGGUUAUCGUCAGAUCGAUUCAAGCCAACCCCGCUCAGCUCCCUGGGGCUGGGCUCCUCUCACCUCUCCUCAUUCGGGGGGAGCUGGGGGGGUCUGGGACAGCCGUGGAUGAAGAGCGGGCUGUUGGGGCGUCCGGGAUUCAGCCUGUCCAGCCCCAGCUGGAGCACCGCAGCCAGCAGUAAACACGCUGAGAGGUCAGAGGGGUCGGACCCGGAGGAGGACGAGGAUGAAGAUGAAUUCCAAGACUUGCAUCUGUAUGCCGCUCCCCAGUCCCCAACACACAUCAACCUGUUCACCUCUGCUGCCAUGGAAACGGGGCGGAAGGGCCUAAGAAUAGGCAAAGAAGGUCUGGGUGUUGGAGAGAUGUCAUGGAGGAGGGGGGAUCUGGCCUGGAGAGAAAGACGAGGAACAGGUUCACAAGGUGACCUGAGACGUCGGGGCCAGCAGAAAGGUGUGCCAGCAGCAGCCUCAGCAGCAACAGACGGCACCGAGGUCAGGAAGAGAGGGCCCGGGCGACCCAGGAAGUACCCCCUGCCCGCUCCUGUACCGACCUCCACGUUGUCGUCCUCGUCACCGCCACCGCCACCGCCACCCCCACCCCCACCCCCACCACCCAUCUGCUGCUCUACCUCCUUCUCCUCCUCCUCCUCCUCCACGUCUCCCUCUACCGCCCCCCCGCAGUCCCCAGAGCAGCCAGCGGCGAGGAGCCGGGUGGAGGUCGUUGGGGAGAGGCUGGCAGAGCGCCCCGCGGCUCCCAAGGGGGACGGCGAGUUAGGCGCGGGCGCCAAGCGGAAGCGGGGACGCAAGAGGAAGAACGCCGACUCCCCCUGUCGUCAGAGUCUCAGCGACGAUAAGCCCGAAAGCGACGAUCCAGCACAAUAUUUAGACCAGUCAGAGACAGAGCAGCUGUCGCCCACCACAGCCAUCCAAUGGGAGAGGAGAGCGAAGACCUACCCCAGCAAGAGGUUCUUAAGUUCCGGCCUUUACUCGGACGAUUACAAAACCACAGACUCCUCCACCGAAUCCAACCCAACCAGCACUGCGAGUUUGGAGUGUACCGCGGGAGAGCGCGAGCACAGCCUCCUACCGGCUCCACUUCAUGUCGGCAAGUACCUGAGGCUGAAGCGGAUCGAUUUCCAGCUGCCCUAUGAUGUACUGUGGCUCUGGAGACACAACCAGCUGAACCAGCCGCCCGCGGUGCCGCUGAAGAGGAAGAGGCUCUGCUGCCGGCCGAAGGGGAGAACAAGAGCGUCUCUCCAUGAAGCCGAGGAUGGCUCUGGGGACCUGGUCGGCCUCUUCCCUCAUCUGGAGAUGGAGCCCAUGACCAGCACUGAGAGGAGCUUCGUGGUGAGGCAGCGCGUUUUCCUGGUGAGGAACUGGGAGCUGGUGCGGGACAAGCAGAUCCACCUGAGGAUGGAGCGGGAGCGGCGAAGGCAGCGGGCGGAGAGCGACGCCGUGCACCGCCCCGCCAGCAACGGGGACCGCAGCAACAUCCAGUCAGAUGAGCCGCUCGGGUCGGCCGUCAUCAGCAGAGACCCCCACAGCGGGACGCCAGACACCUCCGUCUCUCUCACUGCCUACCCUCAUCGAACCAAAGCCCAGAAUAGAAGAGAGGAAACGGGAGAGAAAGACGAAUCCCAGGAAGAAGAAGAAGGAGAAGAAGACAAAGACGACCAAGUUUGCCGCAAAGAAUUGCGGAGGAAACGACUGAACGACUUACUCCUUGCACUGCAACAUUCAUAAGCUUAGAGCCAGAGGUGGGAUCGCUCUGGGGGGAUUUGGAGCCGGCCCUCGGGGAUAGAUCGGACAGAGAGGAACUCUAAACACCAGCGUUGCAAUCCCGCCUUAAGGACUAAUUAUUGCAAAAUGAAAGAGAGAGAACCGAUGCAUAUGAUGGUGAGGAAAUCUAUACGCAGAACACAGCCCAACAGUUUGAGUGUGGUGAACCCGGUGCUCUAAAGGGCAUCAUACCAACAUUGAAACCAUGGCAACGCAUUCUUAGUCCAAGAGGCGAAGGACGUGCGAAGCGGAGAGAGAGCGAGACAGCGAAAGAGAGAGUUGACAGAAAAUUGACCAGCUGAGAUGAAUUUGCACUAGUGCUGGAUAGAUGAAGCACACUAUAGACUGCAUGCUAAGUGGACACACUAUUAACACACACACACACACACACACACACACACACACACACACACACACACACACACACACACACACACACACACACACACACACACACACACACACACACACACACACACACACGUACACACACAUUUGAACAGCCCAUACUUUGGCACCUUAAUCAAAGUCGUGGAGACAUUGGUCAGUCGUCUGAAUGCCAUGCUUCAGUUCAGGAUAAAGAGAGUAUUCUCCCUAGCGGUUCAGACUAGUUUCCUCCGUGUUCUGUGCUUAAUGUCUUUGGCCCAGAUCACUGCGCAGGUGAGGGUAAGCAGAGACGAGAGAAGGGAGACAUUUUUAACUAUUUAGACAGUGCUUUGGUCCUCCUCAGUGCCCCACCCCCACCCUACCAGGUCUGUUAUCCGUUACAAAGGGGUGGGAGUGGGGGGGCUCGUACGGGAAGGAAUUUUGGCAAUGCUGCAAUAGAGUUUGUAACGAGGUUCUCAGAGGUUAUAUUUUAAAAAAUAGCAAAUGUCUAGUAAGGAAAUGUACUCUGCAUAUUAAUGGUUAGAAAGUGCUUGUUGUUGACUAUACUUAGUAUUGUUCUAGUGGGGGGAGGGGGUGUAAUGUGUUUCUGUUUACUUCGGACUGCCUUGGAGAAUGUUUUGCUCUUUGCUCUACACGGACCACAGACAAUCAAAAUGUUUUAAAGGGAAAGAAAAAAAUAAAUAGAGGAAUGUACCCAGAAUGCUCUGUAAGUGCCAUGUUGUACGAUUAAUAUCUACGCAAAUUGAUGCAGUGUUUAAAAGCAAUAUUCCCUGUGGUAACUAUUGACUAUGUAACACCUUUGUUUUGUAUUUUACUUUUUUUUAUAUUUUAUUAUUUUGCAAAUGCAAGGUCAGUUUUCUGUACAGAUAGUUUGCCAAUGUUAUCAUAGAAAAAAAAAGGAAGAUACACCUAGUAUAGAUAUAUAUCUAAGUGUCUUAUUACAAGUAAAUGUUUUACAAUACAUAUAGUUUACUACCUACCUAUCCACAGUGGUAUGUACGAUUAGUAUUAUGAAUUAUAUAUUAGUACUCUCCGGAUUAGUUGUUACUAAACAGAACUUUUGUUUGACUUAAGACGUUUUUAAAAAUGACUGACUGAUAUAGUAUCAGACAUUUCUCUUUUAAAUUGACAAUGAUUGUAUAUGAAUCUUUUUAUAGAAUACAUAAUUUGUUUCGUUAUUUUUAUUUCAGAUAAUUUUAUUUUUUGUGGGUCAGACAAUCAAUUGUUAAUGAAUUGGUUACCUUUUGUCAACGACAGUCUUUUAAGUCUACACUUAAUUAUACUGUGGCUUCCAAAUAACAAGCCAAGAAAGUGCAAUUUCUUUGACUGUUUACAUGUAUAUUUCCCAUUGUCCCUUUCUAACAAAAAGCACUACACUAUUGCCAGUGGAUGAUUAACUUUAUAGCAAAGGUACACACAAUACAGAGUUAUUUAUAUAGUUUGCAUGAAAUGUAGCCUUUGCCUCUUCCCUAUGAUAAUGUGCAUCUGAAAAACAAAAAGGAAAUUGUUGAUAUCAUCACUCAAUGCCAUUGAAUGUCUGUCUAACCUUUUUGCCUCUAUAUCCACAAUAAAAAAAAAACAUUCUACUUCGGCUCCUAAAUACGGGAAAACGUUUUUUUAAAAAAUCCGAAGCAUGGCCUCGGUGCGGUCGUGCCGCCAUGGAGACGGUGGACGUAUUUAUGAUUUCUCCAUGGAGGAAACUGCCGCAGUGAAGGAAAAUAAUUAGCUCACGCUAACAGUGCUAUCUAGUGGCGUGAGGCGAGAGCGCGUGAUCGCCUUGUUGUCCUCCAUAAUGACCCACAAUAGAGGUUAUCAAAAGAACACCAGUACAAGAUGUGUGGUGGGGGAGGGGCCGCUUCUCCCUGAUUGGCUGACGCCACUCUCCUCUCUGCAGUAUCCUCGGACACGCUGGGAGGCUCUGGCUGGACUUCAAACCAGACACAUUACACGUAUUUCGUUUUCAGAGGAGGACAUGGGACAUGUAGUGGAAUAAAACUCAAUGCAGUUGUUGUUUUUCACAGCUAUACCUUGACCUCUGCCAAGUCCGAGCUUGGCAGCUUCCUGUCCAUUCAAGCAGCCGUUAUUCAAAGUGCAUUCAUUCCAAUAGACCUGCUCAGCUUUUUCUACCUUAUUUCUUAUUACAAAAAAGACAAGUGAAUCUACGAAUGAGGACGCAGCUUAUCUAGUGCGCUGCCUGGACUGCAGAGCACUAAAGGAAAACUAAAAGGGAUUCCAGUGAGGUUGCUCAGGAUUAAACGAUAUGCUGAAUGACU